ACCGAUGCGGAACUGCGUAUUUGCAUAAAGUAGCAUCGUGCUAAUCUAACUAGCAAACAUAGCUGCUGGUUGACACUCCGGUUUAAAGGACACUAUUAGAAACGGGAGCCAAGGUUAAAGUCUUCAGUUGAGAACUUCAACUGAACGCAUUGUUGUGAAUACUUUUAAGAGGAUACUCUGCUUUGUUUCACAUGAUUCAGAGUUUGUGUAAUAUGUCCCGUGGAACGGGAUUAAGGUGACGGUAAUCAAGUUUGCUUUCCUCUCCGACUUUAAAAUUAAAACAGUUUUAAAGCUAAUGUCCAUUCAUAAAUGUGGGCGUGCGUUUACUGGCACAUGGUGGUAAAGUACCUUUUAAAAGUUUCCACUUUCAGUUUUAAUAAAGCGUAGGUGGUGGAGCGGGAGAAAAAGCCGUGAGAAUUUAAUCGUGUUGCCGACCGAGCUUCCUGAUCUGAUCAGUUUUCUUGGGAGGAAUUUCGACACGUAUGCAGUACAAAGAUCACAAUCAAUAAAAUAUCCUGCCCCUCUGAAACUUUUACCCACCCAGCAAUUUCCUCGCCCAAUUAUGUCUGAGCAAGGCGAAUACAGCAAUUUGGAGUCAGACUGUCCUGACUUCUCAAAGUUUGACAAUCGCUUCCAUUCUUUCCGGGGAUCCACCCUGGCUCGACAAGUCCCGCCCGAACGGCUGGCGAGGGCGGGUUUUUACUUCACCGGCGACGCAGACCGCGUCCAGUGUUUCAGCUGCAAUCAGACUGUGGAGAACUGGCAUAGUGGAGACACGCCUGUGCAAAGGCACAAGGAGGUUUCUCCAUCAUGCCGGUUCCUCGUGUGCUCCCACCCAAACAGCAUGAAGCCGAAUUACACUACCCCCCUCAUCUACGACGAAGUUGCAGAAGAUAUGCAGUACCGAGUCUCCACUGGUGAAGUGGUCGACGAGACCCUCUACCCCAGGAUACCUCACAUGAAGAGUGAACAGGCCCGCCUGGACACCUUUUCUUCUUGGCCCUCCACUGCGCCCGUAAGACCCAGAGACCUGGCUCAAGCCGGCUUCUACUACUUGGGACAGGCCGACCGGGUGGAGUGCUUCUGCUGCGGCAACAAGCUGAACAACUGGGAAAACGGAGACCGCCCUUGGGAAGAACACGCCACUCACUUUCCCAACUGCUUUUUCAUCCUCGGCCACGACGUAGGGAACAACCCGCUGCUGGACAACGCAGAUGAGCCGAUGUGGGAAGAUCAAAAUGUGAACCGGGGGAGAAAUAUGGAGACUUUCGAGGGGAGGCUCAGUAGCUUCGCUCAUGUUCGGCACCCCGUCGACCACGAGAGGCUCGCGAGAGCUGGUUUCUACAGCACAGGGCAGGAAGACCAGGUGUUAUGCUUCCGUUGUGAUGGAGGCUUAAAAGGCUGGCAGCCUGAUGAAGACCCCUGGGAAGAACAUGCUAAAGAAUACCCAGGAUGCAGCUUCCUGUUGGAAGAAAAGGGAGCUGCUUUUGUCAACAGCAUUCAGCUCAAAGGAAUUGAACAAAGUAGUGCUGCUUCAAGUCAUCAGAAUGGAUUUUCAACCAGGGAAGAAGACGAGGACCCAAUGGAGAAACUAAUGAAGCUGCAGAGGGAAAAGCAGUGCAAAAUCUGCAUGGACAGAGAUAUUUGCAUCGUCUUCAUCCCCUGCGGUCAUCUGGUCAGUUGCAAGCAGUGCUCGGAGUCACUCGUCAAGUGUCCGAUCUGCUGCGGAGCUAUUUCACAAAAAAUCAAAACCUACAUCGGUUAAGGGAAAAUACAAGCUGCUGUCUAUCAUGGAUGCUGCUUUAUGUUCUAAAUGUUAUCAUUUAAAGCAGGUGUGGUAGGUAAGUUGUUCUAGGUGGGAAUUUCUAGAUUUCACUAAGAAUAGCAACAAAAAAGGUGGUCAUUACUUUUUUUUUUUUUUUUUUUUUUAACUGACAGUUUGACUACCUGUAGAUGGCUUUGUGUUUUCCUCUUUUCCCACUCAUAAGGAAACUAUGCUUCAGCACCUUGUUGGCCUAAAAAAGUGUGUGUGAGCGUGUGUGUAUAUAUAUAUAUGUAUGUAUGCAUGAGGGGUUGUGAAACAAAUUAAUGUACUAGUUUCAUAAUACAUGUAUAUUAGAUGCCCUGUAAUAUACUUAAUGUUGUAAAUGCCUUUUAAUUAUACAUAUAUAUUUUAAGAAACCAAUAUUUUCAGUCGCUUGUAUAGUAAAUAGCUGUAUAUUUUAUGUAUAGCGUGUUGUUGUGUCUUUGUUUUAAUCUGUGUGACAUGAAUGUAAAUACACAUUUUGGGCAAACAUGGUUUUCUUCCUUUUCUCUAGUUUUGUGUGAUGACUCUAAUUUUGCUUUAUCCUAAGUGAAGCGUCUGAGGGGUUUCAUUCACUUUCAUUCCUAAUGCACAGCCUGAAAUGGGAUUUGAUCAUAAUGUCUUGAUGUUGGAAGAUGUCAAUUUUUCAUCAUGCAAUAUUUUCUGUAACUUAAAUAAAUCUUUAAUAAUUUGACUUGA